ACGGUCACCGUCUGGGUUCUCUGUAGUAAGCGUAAGCCAUAUUGUCAGUUUGUUCAUCGCGUAGUGGAGUGUUGUGUUGCUUCUACCAGCUUUGGACCUGUAAAUACUCCACAAACUUAUUAACAAUGGCUUUAUCAGAAGAAAACCCCGUCUACGGUCCAUUCUUUGGUGUUAUGGGUGCUGCCGCGGCUAUUAUUUUCAGUGCACUCGGUGCAGCGUAUGGUACAGCAAAAUCAGGGACAGGUAUCGCAGCGAUGUCCGUAAUGCGGCCGGAACUUAUUAUGAAAUCUAUUAUUCCCGUCGUCAUGGCGGGUAUUAUCGCCAUUUAUGGAUUGGUCGUAGCCGUACUUAUCGCCGGUAACGUUAAAGAGCCCAAGGAGUAUGCACUAUACACAGGUUUUCUACAUCUGGGAUCGGGUCUGGCCGUAGGAUUUUCCGGUUUGGCCGCCGGCUUUGCGAUCGGCAUCGUUGGAGAUGCAGGCGUACGCGGUACAGCUCAGCAACCUCGCCUUUUCGUCGGCAUGAUUCUUAUUCUUAUUUUCGCUGAAGUCUUAGGUCUUUACGGUCUCAUCGUAGCUAUUUAUCUUUACUCUAAAUAAAUUAUUUUUAUCUCCUUAUAAAGUCUAAAUAUCCCCAGUCAUCUCCUUUCACCCCCCUUCCUCCUCCAGUGCCCCCGAAGUUGAUACCUGUAUAAUGUAUAGUCAGUUGAUUUCAUUAAAGGGCGUUUCAAUUUUAAUAUUUUAUUGUACAUGAUUGUAUAAAAUUGCGAACUUUCGUGAAAUUGGCUGGAGGAGUAUUGUAUUGAUUGUAGAUAUUACGUAUGAUAGACCUUGCGCAGUGAAUCACAAGAGCUAUUCCUGUAAAUGCGUGUCAUCGAUGGUCACUUUCAUAAAAAGUCUAUAAUUCAUUCUUGUAUAGUUCUUACCUUUAGCGUUAGUUUCUCAGUUCAGGAUAGUAUGUAUAAUAAUCGCAAAUGCGAUUGAAUUAACUAUGUAGCACAAUAAUUUUAUAUUACCAUUUCUUUAAUUGUUAUUUCCAUCCAUUGUUUCAUAUCAUUGCUUACAUUGUUAAAAAAGUAUGUUUUCUUUCAACUGUUAAGAUAACUGUAUUGAAUAAGCUCAUAAUAAAGGCGACGGCCAUUUAGUGUUAUUUUGCAUAUCUGUUGAGAGGGGUCUGUACAGAUUCGCUGUCGAAAAUAUCAUUCUAGGCCUUUUAUAUUUAUACGCUAGACCCAGAUUUUUAUUUUUUACGAGUUUGCACGGACAUCCUCGGCAAAGUAUAUCCUUCCAUUAUUAUUCAGAUUGUAACAUUAACAGAAAAAUGAAUGUAAAUAUGAAUACCUUAUAUGUAUAUGUAUUGAUGGUUUGGUGUCCGUAAUCCUACAACACACAUGUACUAGCCUUUCUUUGUAGUUUUAGCUUUGGCAGCUGAAGGUGUCGAAUUCUAAUUGUGCGCACCAACUGCUCGCUCAUAGUAUAA